ACACAUACCUGAAUAGAUAUCACUUCAUGACAAUGGAUAUCUGUAGCCGAGUCUAUGUCUUUGUGUGAGAUAAGACAAUUUAAGGCAUAUAAUAUAUUCUGUAUAUGAAGACAUUGCUGUCAAACUUAAAUCGAGAUCGAUGUACUUUGUAUCAUCAGGCGUUUUGCUACCUGUAUAAGGAGACACAAGAUCACAAUGGUGGAUGUUUUGUUCCUGUGCAUUGGUUGUGUUGUCGUCCUUUGUGUCAUACAACUACUUCGACUGAUCAAAGCUGACUGUGACCUGGUGCUACAAUGGGCAACAUGUUUUGGAAAAUCUCCAAAGCGCCUGAGAGGUAAAGUGGUGUGGGUGACUGGGGCCUCCAGCGGUAUCGGGGAGUCCCUCGUUUACGAGCUGGCAUCUGUUGGAUGUCGUCUGGUACUGUCUGCCCGUCGAGAAGAGGAGUUGAACAGAGUAAAGAAGCAAUGUCUGACAUGUGGCCCGCUUCAAGACAAUGACAUCAUGGUGGUGCCAUUGGACAUGGUCAAGCAACAUGAACAUGCAGAUGCUGUCAAGAAAGUCCUCCAGCAUUUUAAACAGAUAGACAUUCUGGUGAACAAUGCUGGCCGCUCACAGAGAGCUGAAUGGGUGAAAACAUCCGUUGACGUUGAUCGUGAGAUGCUGGAAACCAAUGUCCUGGGACCCUUAUCACUGACUAAAGCUGUCCUUCCCGACAUGAUAGCUCGGAGGGACGGUCACAUUGUGGUCAUGAGUAGUGUUGCUGGCAAAGUGGGAGCUCCACUGUCUGGAUCGUACACGGGGUCUAAACAUGCGAUCCAGGGCUGGUUUGAGUGUUUGUGGGUGGAACAGUAUCCCAACAACAUCAAAGUGACAAUGGUCUGUCCUGGACCUGUCUUUUCCAACCUACUGGCUAUUGCCAUGACUGAGGAGAAAGGAAAGGUCGUGGGAGGUGAAAUGAAAGCAGGGGAGAAGAGGAUGGCGACGUCCCGGUGUGCCAGUCUCACAGCAGUCGCCAUCGCCAAUCAGCUGGAUGAGGUGUGGAUUGCCCUCCACCCAGUACUGGCCUUCACCUACAUGUUCCAGUACUUCCCAUCCUUCGCAAGAAGACAGGCCUGUAAGAUAGGUCUCGCCAAAUUAAAGAAGAUGAGAGAGGGUCAAUAGUGGAUGAUUUGAAAGCUAUCAUCCCUGUCCAGCUCUGACCAGCACAAGGCAUUUCACCUUAUACAAUGCACUGACCAGCACAAGGCAUUUCACCUUAUACGAUGCACUGACCACACGGUGGACAUCUGUGAAGUUAAUCGCUGAAACCAUUCCAGUGAAAUGUCCGAGAUUUCUGAAUGACUGUUAAAGAGACAAUGUCUCUAUUUAUAGCUCUGUUUCUGAAUCCUAUCUAUGAUGGUGUGGUGAUGAUGGUUUUCUGUUCUCACAUAUCUAAACUGGAUGUAUGUACCAUGUAUAACUGCGUAAAGGCCCUGUCACAUCUUGACGAUUUAGCCAGCAUAUGUCGACAUAUCUAAAUCUCUCUAAAACAAUGGUAUUCAUUGAAAUAUAGAUGUUUUUUAAAUGUUGGGUAUAUACAUAGUGUAUUCAUAACAAGUUGGACAUAUGCAUAACAUAUUAGUAAUUUAGAAUAUUUUGAUAACUUACAGAAAACUUAUCCGACGAAUGCUUAGCGUAUUGUCAGCAUUCACAACUUAUGCCCAACGAUAGUCUAACUUAUGCACAGAGCGCGGCAGCAUAUUGCCUACGAUCACAUGUAGUAACUUAUAAAAAGGCUGCCGCUCGAUGAUUCAAAUCCUAACCACACUAGACAUUGCAGUAUCAACAUCACCGUAUCAACAUCACUGUCAUGCCGAAGAAAACUUUGAAAAAAAUGCUGCCAAUAUGCCAUCAUAUGGUAGCUGUAAGUUAGAAACACAUACAUUAAGUUCUGUGGUCGUCAGGAACAUGUCAAAUACGUCUAUAUACAUCAAUGUAUGUUGGCGAUAAGUCGAUAAAAGUAACACAGACGUUUAAAGCAUGUUACUCAUAGGUUAGAAUAAGGUUUGGGUCGCUUGACAUUAUUUCAAAGUAUUUUGACUAAUGAGUAACUUACAAGUAACGUGUGUGAACAUAUGUCAACGCUCACAGAACUUGCCUACAACUUAUGGCCCACGUAUGCAGGACGUUGGCAGAAGUCGAAAAUUUUGUGCAUGCACAAAGUUUUCCGACGACCUUUGCUGUACUACAGCCAGCGUGCUUCAGCAGGCGUUUAACUUAUACAAAACUUAUCCAUAACUUAUUUGAUGAACAACAGCGUACAUUUUUCAUAGGCUGGCUAAAUCAUCAAGUUGUGAUGGGGCCUUAAUCAGCCUUGUUCCAUCAAGUAUAUGACCGAUGUCAGUACCUUCAUUUGCAGAAUCUGUCAAACUUUGGGCACUGAAGUAUAAUGCUUCUCAAACAAGGGUGGAAUAGGAUUAUGUGUCAGGUUUAUUGUAUCUGAUUUAUUAAUGCUGAACAAAUCCAUACUCACUUACUCUCCCAAUAUUCGGACAUGUUUCUAUGAAUUCAUUGUUCACAAUCACUUUCACAAUGGAGUCUCUUCCUUUCACUGAAUAGGUAAACUUGUAAAUUUUGUCUUCUGGCUUUCUAGCACCAGUAAGUCCUCCAAUAUAAUGAUUCAGGUUCAGUUUGCUGUUAAUGUGCAUAGUGUUACAUUUCAUUACCUUUUUAAUCAGACUACUCAGAUUUCAUUCUCAUCCAAAUUGGAAGAAUACUAUAUUCCGCUUUCUGAAGUGCUAGAUGGUUAACAGUCACGUUGCUCGCUUAUCCUACUGGGUACCCAUUUACUGCAAGGUGAGCAGAGCAUGUUUCCAACAAAGUCUCUAGUUGUGGAGACAGCCAUGCAUCCACGUCUGUGUUUUACCCUUUAAACAGUUUUUAUGUUGAUUUGUGAGAUAAUCCUAGCUAAUUCUAUGUUUGAUAUCUUUAUGUAUCCUCUGUGUAACAUGUAUUGGGAGCAGCAGAGAGAUGCACCUCAUGUAGCAAGUGCUUUAUUGUUAGGCAGAACACACUGUGCCAGCAACAGUAAUCCAACUGACUUUUGGACUUUCAUCCUGCCCUCUCUACAAAACGCCUUCAUCACCUCAAACUGCUGCACUCUGUGUUCAUAUCCACUGACUUACACAAACACCUUCACCCAUUAAGUAUACGAUUGAAACCUUUUAAUAAGCCUCCCAUCUCACAUUUUAAUCAUUUUAAAUACAUCAAAAUCUGAUAAUUGAUUGGAUGUGUACAAAUGUAUAUUUGUUAAAUUGCAUAAGCAUAGGAUUGAACAUGCUCUGUGUAACCAUAGAUAAUGUACACAGUGUUCCUGCUUAGCUGCAUAUUUGAUUAAUGUAUGCAAAAUAAAUCAUCAUUACAUA